AUGCUAUCCACCUACCUCCGCAGCGAGUCGCGAAGGUGGGCAGCUCAACACCACCAACGGCAGAGCUACCCCGCAUCCGCAUCUCCCUCCCAGGACGAGUCUAGCAGCUACGAAGAAGACAGCGACAGCGAAUCCGUCUUCUCUCGAACCAGCAGCCACCGAUCCAGGAGGUCCUCCGUCUCGAGCAUAGCAUCCGAGGACGACGAGGUAGCCCCGGUCGCAUUCGACCAGCCGCGGGACCUGAACGGCGCGCCCAUCACCAUGUACGCGUCGCUGGACCAGGCCGUGGCCCAGAGCACGCAGGUGCUCGAGGCGGAAGGGCCGCGGCGGCUGGUCACGCCGGGAAAGUUAUACGAGAACGAGGAAGACGACGACGAGAUCGUCGAAGAGGAAGAUGAGCAUGUGACGGCGCAGAAAAACGAUGACGGCAUAAGGGCUCAGCACUACUACUCGAGCGGCCUCGCCCGCACCGUCGCCUCUAGCGUCGCUGCCGCGGGCUGA